UAUUUCACUCCAUAGCAACAAUGUCACAUGAUCAGAAACUUCAAAUUUGACACAAUUUCCUGGAAAAUACUACAAUGCAUUUCACCUUUUAUUUGACAUGGUGAGUGGAAAAGAAUUUCGUUCCAACUUGAAAAAACCCUUACCCGGAGCUAAACAAACCAAAGGAUGUAGACUGGUUCCAGCAUUUACAAUACAAGCUCUUCAAAAAGGUACAUGUGUAGCUCCUCCUCCAAAAUGUAAUGCUCUUAAGGAAAUUCCUCCAAAGCCUACAAAUUUUCGAAUGAAUUAUAUGAGGGGUAAUUUACCCAUUGGAAGAGAAGCAAAAGGAGGAAAAGUUUCUUGGAAGGCAGACAUUAGUAAACUGGACUUUCAUUAUUAUUUACCUAUGUUCUUUGAUGGUCUUUGCGAAACAGAACACCCCUAUAAAUUAUUUGCUCAACAAGGAAUUUUUGACUUGUUGGCACAUGGAGGACAGAAAAUUUUUCCGUGCAUUCCUCAACUCAUUAUUCCUAUUAAAGAUGCACUUAAAACAAAAAAUAAGGAAGUGAUGUGCACAACUUUGAGAGUUUUACAGCAUUUGGUGAAAUCUGGAGACAUGAUUGGAGAGGCUUUAGUUCCAUACUAUCGUCAAAUAUUACCAGUUUUAAAUUUAUUCAAAGAAAGAAAUGUGAACUGUGGGGAUGAAAUUGACUACAGUCAGAUGAGAGGAGAUAACUUAGCAGAUAUCAUAAAUGAAACAUUGGAAAUUUUGGAAAGAUAUGGGGGAGAAGAUGCUUUCAUUAAUAUCAAAUAUCUCAUACCAACCUAUGAAUCUUGUAUGAUGAAUUAAAAUUCAAUGAUUCACAGAACUA